AUGGAUCCUUCAGUGGCAAGUGCCUACGCCGACACACAUUGGGGCGAAGAGCUCACGGACGAAAUGGCUCUUCAUAGACGAGCUCCCAACCCGGCCGAGUUCCCAGAGCCUCCACAUUUGUCUGACAGUUACUGGAUUCGGGAAUUUCCAAUCCAGUAUGAGGAAAAAUGGGUGAAAGUCCCUGCUCCUGAAAAUGCCGAUGUGGUCAUUAUUGGGUCUGGCAUCACGGGCGCCGCAGCUGCCUUUCGCCUGUCUGAGUCACGCCCUGACUUGACAGUUGCUUUAUUUGAGGCUCGUGGUCUUUGCACCGGGGCAACCGGGCGCAAUGGUGGGCAUAUUGGCCGCCCAGAGGCGCAUGAUAUGAUUCGGCUCUCCGAAACCUUUGGGGUCGAGGAAGCUCUCCGGCUCCGGCAUACAGGAAAAAUGAAUCGAGAAAUGAUGAUCGACACAAUCGAAAGAUUGGAAGCGACCGAGGAGGUUGAGUUGAGUGUUAAGGGUACUCUUGUCGUCUUUGAAAACGAGGAGGAAAGACAAGAGUUUGUCAAUGACCUGAAAUGUGCCAAAGAGCAUGGUCUAGACACUGAGGGAUAUCUGGUCGAGACGGACUGGAUACUAAAGAAAGUUGCGAUUGACCCUUCCACGGCUCAACACGGUGGUGCAUAUCUUGAAAGAUCUGGCACGAUAUACCCUAGGAAGUUCGUGGCAUUGCUUCUGGAAAAAGCGCUUGAACGGAUGAAGAAAUUCACGCUGCACCCAUAUACUCCUGUAUCGGGGGUAUUGUGUGACCCAGAUGUCGCUGAUUAUCAAUACACGGUAGUUUCGACGAAGGGCAAAACGAGAGCCAAGACUGUCCUCCAUGCAACAAAUGCCUACGCAUCUCACAUUUUGCCAUCAAUGUCCGAAAACGACGGGGUGUUCGGCUGCAAAGCUCACAUGCUGGGUGUGCAACCAAAUCUUCAAGACACUGCCAUUCAACUUGAAGGUGGAUUUGGGUACGCAAGCUUCUGGCAUUGGAUUCUCCAACGACCGAAUAAAGGGCCCUAUCUGCAUGGUUUUGCUACAGCUGAAAUGGUAGGCGAUUUCAACGACACAAUCACACUUGAAACAACACACCCAGCACGAAAGGAGAUGCUGUCAUUCCUGCGGAAAGCUUUCCCACACAGUUUCUCUGACCAGACCUGUGAAAAGGAUGUGACUUAUGACUGGACUGGAAUUCAAGGCUUUACGAUGACUGGAUGCAGUAUUGUUGGUCGACCCGUAGCUACUCACAGGGGAGAGUUUGUGUCGGUCGGCCACAACGGAGAAGGAAUGGGUCGUUGCUUUGCUUGUUCGACUGUUGUGACUGAUGCAAUUCUUGCACAGCUCGAUGGAAAGACAGAUUGGGAACCACCAGCGUGGUUCCCUCAUUCGUACCGUCGAAAUAUGUAG